AUGCCCAACUCAUCAGGGGAAGAAAACGACUCGCGAACCGCGUCUGUUGGCCUACAACGCACCCGCGCUCAAAACCAAGACUCGCACCCGAACAAGCGCCAAAGACGCACACGAGGAAACUCUGGGAAUAAUGACGUCCGCGAUUUUGUUCCCCAGGGUGGCACAUUUAGCGCGAAACCUCUAGAAGUUGAUCCGGAUGACACGUCUAGCUCUGGCUCCGAUUCUGACUCCGGCAGCAACUGGUCUGAUGCGAAUCCGCCAGCGGCGAACCCUUAUGCGGGAACGACCUCGCAGGCGAUUAAUUGGAACCAGGGGAAUAAGCGUGCGGUUAGGACUACACUAGGUGGAAGAGGGAAGGCGAAUAAUAAUAAGAGGCCGGAGCCCCAGUCCCAGCGCGAGCCGGAGAAGAAAUUAGAUGCCCAGUUUGAUGCGGUGAACGGCGCGUACUGGCGCAGUCGGAGUGAAUCUGUCUCUAUUGGAGGCGGUGAUAAUGGCAAGAAGGAUGAAUGCAAAGACAUGGAAGAAGGGGAGGUGAACGAGGACACAACGGAAGCGCCUGCGUUGGACACAUCAGGAGACUCAGAUGAUUCGGAAUCUCUGGACUCUGAGGCCGAUGAUUCAAUCUUGUUAAACAUCGGUCAAAGGCAGAAUGGCCAUGCAACUACAGAUGAGAAUGAUGAAGACGAUGAUUAUGACCCUGAGAUGCAGCCGUUUGUGGGCGUCGUUAUCUCGAAUGGCACUACUAAAACACAGAAAGGAACACAGGAUGGAACUGCUAAGGACCCUUCUAAAAAGGAGGCAAUCUGCAUUUUUACGCAGAGAUAUCCAUCUCCACCGGCUGUUAUGACUGACCUGGUUCAGGAGGACAAGGACAUUCAGACCAGGUUUAUGUACUGGACCGAGUCGAAAGACCCUCAAAUCCCCAUAUCUUGCAUAGAAUGUAUGCAGGAGGGACACAUCGCGCAAGUGUGUCCAUCGAAGGAGUGUACGCACUGCGGUGCCUGGGACAAACAUGACAGCAACUUCUGCCCCACCUGGCGAAGAUGCCAACGCUGUCGCGAACGAGGCCACGACGAAGCCCAAUGCUCUUCGUUACUGAAAGGUUCUGCCUCUGAAGUCCCUUGUGACCUCUGCGGCUCACAAAGCCACCUAGAACUUGACUGCGAUUACAUGUGGAAGCUCCCACUACGCGAUCCAUCAUCAGGACCAGUACUAGUGUCGAUUUCCUGUUCGCAUUGCACUAGUAACCACCACCUCGCUGGUGACUGUCCAUCACUGCCAAAGCCCUUGUCUUCAUCAUCGUGGACACUAAACGGAAUUGAUCCGAACAUGGUCACCAAUAUUAACUCCGUAAUCCCUGGCCGGGGUCGACCCGGGCCUGGUCCUGUGGCUCGGGGUAGAGGGGGGAUGAAGAUCCGCGGCCGGGCAGAGCGCUCACCAACACCUGAUAGCGACGAAGAUGACGGCAUGUUCACAAGACCAAACCAACGUCCUCCGCCUCCAGGUCGAGGAGGAGGCCGUGGUAAUAUCCGCAUUGGAAGCGGAAUUGGACGAGGGAAGAACUUGGGUCCUGGGGGAUAUCGGGAUCAAAAUGAUUCUUUCGGAGACCGCUCUCGUCAACGAUCAAUGUCUCCUGUUGGACGACCUGGUCCGGGUUCUGGUCGAGGAAGAGGGAGUCGGGAUAACUGGAAUGUGCGCUCUCGGUCACCGCCGCGGAGGGGCAGACCUCCACCUCCACCAGCGCGUGGUGGACGUGGACGCGGAGGAGGCGGAGGUAAACGAGGCGGCGGCGGUGGCGGCGGCGAUGCUUAUCGUCCUAUGCCUAGUGCUGCGAAAAAAAAUUGGGAUAGAUAUCGGUUUUGA